AACGACAAGCGAGUAGAAAAGAAGCGGCGACGAAGCCGCGUCCGUCGGAGACCGACCGUCACGCCAUUCUCAUUCCCCACGGCAAUAAACCACCACCAUUUCCUCCCCGCUUCCGCUUCCACGCGCUUUGAUUUGUCGCCCGCCGGUUAAAACCCCCUCCCUCCCCCACUCCACCGUCUCCUCCAUUCCUUUCCGGCUUUCCCCAACAACCAGCCCCCCCUCCACAGGGGCACCUCCUCCUCCUCCCAGCACUUCUCCUCCGCCGCCGGUCAAGGGAUCCGACGCUCUCCUCUUCUGCGUCGCCGGAUCGGUCGCCGAGGGUCAAGCGUCACCGCCGGCCAAGGGGGACAACGGAGGAGCGUUCUGGUGCUGAGCUCUGCUGGCCAGAUCUGAGCUCGGAGGAGAAAAGUCAAAGUCUGCAUCUUUUCUUGCCGUGUGCCUGCCUGUCCAUGGAUUCCUCUCCGGCCGCGUCGGCGUCCUACUGGUGCUACAGCUGCGACCGCUUCGUGCGCGCCGCGUCGUCGCCGGAGGGGGGCGGCGACGUCGCCUGCCCGGACUGCGGCGGCGGGUUCCUCGAGGAGAUGCGCCGGACCCCGCCGGCCCCCGCCUACCUCCGCCGCCCGCGCGCGCACCACGCCAACGACCUCCGCCUCCGCCGCAGCCGCCGUGCCGCCGCCGCGGCAGCCGCGGCCGCCUCCGCCUCUGGAGGAGGUGGCGGGGGCGACCGCGCGCCGUUCAACCCGGUCAUCGUGCUGCGGCGCUCGGCGCUCGGCGUCGCACCGGGGGAAGACAACGGCGACGACGACGGCGCGCUCGCCGCGGCGAGCAGCUUCGAGCUCUUCUACGACGACGGGGCGGGCUCGGGCCUGCGCCCGCUGCCGGAGAGCAUGUCGGACUUCCUCAUGGGGUCCGGGUUCGAGCGGCUCCUGGGCCAGCUCGCGCAGAUCGAGGCGGGCGGGCUCACGCGGGCCCGCGAGACCCCGCCGGCGUCCAAGGCGGCCGUCGAGUCCAUGCCCACCGUCGCCAUCGCGGCCUCCCACGUCGCCGCCGACUGCCACUGCGCCGUCUGCAAGGAGCCCUUCGAGCUCGGCGCCGACGCCAGGGAGAUGCCCUGCGCCCACAUCUACCACGAGGACUGCAUCCUCCCCUGGCUGCAGCUCCGCAACUCCUGCCCGGUGUGCCGCCACGAGAUGCCCACCGACACCGCUGCCGCGCGGUCGCAGGCGGCCAGUGCCGGGGCCGAGGAGGAGACCACCGUGGGCCUCACCAUCUGGAGGCUGCCCGGAGGCGGGUUCGCCGUCGGGAGGUUUGCCGGCGGGAGGAGGCCCGAGGAGAGGGAGCUCCCGGUCGUUUACACGGAGAUGGACGGCGGUUUCAACCACGGCGGCGCGCCGAGGAGGAUCUCGUGGGGGUCGAGGCAGAGCCGGUCGACGGAGAGGAGCGCCAUUCGACGCAUCUUCCGCAAUAUGUUCGCCUGCUUUGGCCGCGGCCAUUCGGCGAGCUCCCACGCUUCGUCCUCCCAAAUGAGGCCUGAGGAGAUGACCGAGGCAUCGGAUCACUCCGCGGCGUUCAGCCACGGCUCGAGAAGCCGGAGCAUGAGCUGGAGGCUCGAAGACGGCCACGCCGCCGACACGAUGGUGCAGAGAUAGUCCUCAACUCUGAACCGAAAGAAAAAAAAGGUUGCCGAUUGCUUCUGUUUCAUGUUUUUAUGUAUUUAUAGAAGAAAAGAAAGGGAACACGACGAUUUGUAGAACAGAAUUGGUGUUGUACAUAGGAGCAGAGCAACAUCUGCUAUAUUAGUUACAGGGGAGAGAUGUCCACUGUGAUUCUGAAUCGAGCAUUUGGAACCUAGGUGAUGAAUUGCUUUGUUGGUACUAGCAAACAAUGUGUUUGAUGAUUUUUGAUUCAUUUAAUUCAAUUUGGCCUGGUCUUUACAA